CUCCGCGCGCGCUGCACCUGAACCUCACCUGUUGUCACCUCUGAACAACUUUCCUUUGACCCACGGAGAUUCUCGGAGCUUUUUCUUUUCUUUUCUUUUCUUCCCCACAGCGACAUGCACCAUCACGACUUGUCGGUGAGCGCGAACACCGGUCCGGUUCCGGUUCCGGUGAUCCUGCAGACAGAGUCGCGCGACAAGUGGGGCAAAAAAAUGGACUUCUUGCUGUCGGUGAUCGGCUUUGCUGUGGAUCUGGGGAACGUCUGGCGGUUUCCUUACAUCUGCUACCAAAACGGCGGAGGAGCUUUCCUCAUCCCCUACACCCUCAUGGCUAUAUUUGGGGGUGUACCACUCUUCUACAUGGAGCUGGCUCUGGGUCAGUUCCACCGCACAGGCGCCAUCUCCAUAUGGAAACACAUUUGCCCAAUUUUCAAAGGCAUUGGUUUCGCCAUCUGCAUCAUUGCGUUAUACGUCUCGUUCUACUACAACACCAUCAUUGCGUGGGCAUUGUUCUACUUCUACUCAUCAUUCAGCAGCACUCUGCCGUGGACGAACUGCGACAAUGCAUGGAACACAGAAAACUGCACCAACUACUUUGGCAAGGACAAUGUGACGUGGACUAACUACUCACGCUCACCUGCCGAGGAGUUUUACACGAGGAACGUGUUGGAGCUGCACGAGUCGGACGGUUUGGAGAACGUGGGUGUGAUCCGCUGGCAGCUGAUGCUCUGCCUGUUCCUCAUCUUCACCAUUGUCUACUUCAGCCUGUGGAAAGGAGUCAAAAGUUCGGGCAAGGUGGUUUGGGUCACAGCCACUCUUCCCUAUUUAGUGUUGUUGAUUUUGUUAGUCCGAGGCGCAACGUUACCUGGAGCCUGGAGGGGCGUCGUCUUCUACCUGAAGCCCAAAUGGGAAAAACUUAAGGAUACAACUGUUUGGGUGGACGCAGCAGCUCAGAUCUUCUUCUCCCUCGGCCCAGGGUUUGGCGUUCUGCUUGCUCUGUCCAGCUACAACCCGUUCGACAACAACUGCUACAGAGACGCCAUUGUGACGAGUGUGGUGAACUGCCUGACCAGCUUCAUGUCUGGUUUUGUGAUUUUUACCGUUCUGGGCUACAUGGCCGAGCAGAGACACGUUAACGUGGAAGAUGUAGCCAGAAACAAGGGCCCAAGUCUUCUGUUCAUCACUUACCCAGAAGCCAUUGCCAAUAUGAUGGGCUCCACGUUUUUCGCCAUCAUCUUCUUUGCGAUGAUGAUCACACUGGGAUUGGACAGCACGUUUGGAGGUCUGGAAGCCAUCAUCACUGCUGUCAUGGAUGAGUACCCAGACUUUCUGUCCCACAGGAGAGAGGUGUUCGUGCUGGGCCUGGUGACAGUGUGCUUUUUGGGCUCUCUGAGCACUCUUACUAAAGGCGGUGCGUACGUAGUAAAACUACUUGAAGAGUUUGGAGUCGGAUCCUCCAUAAUAGCUAUUGUGUUUUUGGAAGCCACCGCAGUCUCCUGGUUUUAUGGCAUCAACAGAUUCAGCAACGACGUCAAAGCCAUGCUGGGAUACACGCCCGGAUUCUUCUGGAGGUUUUGUUGGGUGGCCAUCAGCCCCACUUUUCUAGCGUACAUCAUCAUCAGUGCUCUGCUGAAUCCGGCCCCGCUGGUGAUGUUCGAUUACACGUUUCCUGACUGGAGCAUCACUGUGGGUUAUAUCAUCGGAUUCUCAUCCUUCGUCUGGAUCCCCGUCUACAUGGUGUAUAAGCUGGUGUGGACGCCCGGCUCGCUCAAACAGCGUCUGGCUGUUUGCCUGCGGCCUGAACGAACGCUGCCUGACAUCCACGCAGACACGCUGGGUUUGACUCCGGUACCUUAAAACGGCCCGAAACACACACCGGAAACCAAACAGAGUCCGAACACACACACACUGGGACACACACACACACACACAAAUACACACUCUCACACACACAUACACGAUUAAAGAAGCAAUAAGUAGCAUCUUUUGGUCCACUUUCCAGGUGCAAUACUUCCCAUGCUGCUCAGAUUCAGACACAACAUUCAAAUUCUGUUAGGAUUAUUCUCCCCCCUCUGGAUUAUGUUAUAAAUUACACCACUAUACAUCAGAUUUCUUAAUUACGGUUAGACACGUGACGAUAUCAACUGCCGAACUCAUCAGGGUGUGUAAUUAUCAGAAUAUAUUAUGUAUUUUUAUAAAUAGAAAGGCAGUGAACUAAAUUUUCAGAUUGGCUUCUUCGAGAAAAAAAAAAAAAAGAUAAAGGAUAAUGCUACUUUCAAAUCUGUCCAAAUUUAAAGGUUUCCUAGAUGACAGCUGCACGCUGAUGCUUAAAACAUAGUCUGGGUCGAAUAUCGGCGUUUAUACUGCAGCGCUUUUGAAUUCUGGUUUCUGAUUGGUCAGAAGGAGGUGGUGAUUCAUUUUCUAUCGUCAUAGUUUCUAUAGUAACAGUAUGGCGGACUCGUCAUAUAAUCUAAGACUGAUCUAAUAAACAGAUUUUAAAAAAACGUAUUAUUUAACAAAAUAAAAAUACAAAGUGUGUAAUUAUUGAUGCGGUGAAGUUUUCUGUAAGGAGAUGUUUACUUAACAUUCAUGGAAGGAGUCUCCAGUGUCAGAGCGCUAACCUUACGUUUAGCGACAUCUUCAGGACAGAAGAGUUUACGCAUGCCGGUUUCUUGGAAACAGGAUGUAUGUACCAAGCUAUAUUUUUUUUUCUUGUCGUAUUAAUUUCAAAAGAAAAUAUAAAUAGAGGCUGGUGAGGGAACGACUGUUUAUAGCUGCUAUAACAUAAGUAUUUGUAUUUUAGUUUCAGUUUUAUUAGUCACAGUAGAAUUUCUCUUCCAUUUCUCAUUACAGCCAGAAAAAAAAACUUUUUAGACUGAACGCUUAUCAGAGCGACAGUCGACGCUCGCUAAUGCUGUUUAGUUUAACGUGAAAUGAAACAAAAUGAAAAAAAAAUGCUACUUAUUGCUCCUUCAGCUUUAUAAUUUAAGAAGCCAAAUCAGCUCGCGACUAAAAUCGGUGCAAUAUUUAAAAAAUGCAGAACAUGAAAAUAAAUAAAUAAAUAAAUAAAUAAAUAAAUAAAUAAAUAAAUAAACGUGUGAAAUACGAUCCAUAAGAAAUCUGCGCCGGUUCGUUAUGGAUUGCUGGUUGAUGUUUCGUAUUCUUUGUUCAAUAUUUAGUAAUUUUUUUUUCCAUUAUCGAGCUAGGAAGUGACAUCACAAAUGGCAAAACCGUUUCAUGCAAAUGAUAUGAUGUUUACCUCACGGUGAGAAGAGAAAAUUUUUUCCAGAUGUGCAUCGUGGAGAGUUCCUGGUGUGUGCUGCCUUAACGCUGCCUGAACAUCUGUAUCGCUAUUCAACGUCAAAACUCUGUAUCAUAUCGUAUCGGUCGUGUGCCUCCGGGGAAACUCAAAAAUAAUAAUAAAAAAAAUUU